AAGAAGAAGCAUUAUAACCUUACAGCGUUAACAUUGAUUUUCUCCCGAAAAAUAAGAUUGUAAAGAUGUUCCAAAAUAGCGCUGCUCGUCUCUUGGUUCCAGCCAUCCGCAAUGCGAUGCAAAGUCGGUGCCAAUCCGUUGUUUCCGGACCACCAACAAACCAUGUCUCCACCGCCGAGAAAGUAAUUCUUGGUGGCGGUAUGUGCGCUGCAUCCUUGUUUAUUCCGGCCUGGGUUUUGUACCAUAUCCGUGACUACAAGGGGGACAAGUAAAUGGAUAUGAGUGAAUGUAGUUAAUGUUGCUUAUAAAUGUAAAAAUAUAGUAACGAUAAUACAUUAAACUAAGCCACAAAACUGUA